AUGUUUCCUGUCCAGUGGCUGUUUCUGCUGUUAACAGUUCCCCUGGCUGAAUUAGCCCCGGAAAAACCAAGGAGAUCUGCACUGAACCAACUCACCAGGAUGCUGCUGCGCAAAUAUGACUGUGGAGUACGCCCUGUUCUGAACUGGACCCAUCCAACAGUGGUGCAUAUUGACCUCAUCAUCCAGUCCGUCCUGGACGUGGAUGGACAGACUCAGAAAGUAACCACAAGCAUAUGGUAUCGCCAAAUAUGGAAAGAUGAGUUCCUUGUGUGGGAUCCGGAGGAGUUUGAAGGAGUAACUGAAAUAUCACUGUCCUCUGAUGCCAUCUGGGUACCUGAUGUCAUCAUUAGUGAAUUUGUGGAUGUGGGCAGAUCUCCUGUCAUACCUUAUGUUUAUGUCAACUCCUCUGGGACAGUGAGGAACUACAAACCCAUCCAGGCGGUUUCGGCCUGUGACCUACAGAUCUACGCCUUUCCAUUCGACAAGCAGAACUGCACCUUAACCUUCCGUAGCUGGCUCCACUCUGUGACUGAGGUGGAUCUGGCUCUGUUGAGAAGCGCUGAGGAAAUCGCCAAUGACAAGAGAGAAUUCAUGAAUGACGGUGAAUGGGAGCUGCUGUCUGUGCCCUCCCAUUACUGGCAACUCCACAUGGACAACCGAGAUUACGCCCAUAUUCAGUUCAGUAUGUUGAUCCGCCGACGCCCCCUGCUGUAUGUGGUGGGUGUGCUCAUCCCCAGUAUGUUCCUCAUGGUGGUAGACAUCAUCAGCUUCUACCUGCCUCCAAACAGUGGGACUCGAAUCACCUUCAAGACCAGUAUCCUGCUGGGUUACACUGUCUUCAGGGUCAACCUGAUGGAUGAGCUGCCUGCCACAGCUGUCAAAACCCCACUCAUAGGAAUGUUCUUUGUGGUGUGUAUGGCGCUUUUAGUCUUGAGCCUUGCCAAGUCUAUCCUGGUGGUGAAGCUUCUGCACCACAGUGAGAGGGAGGUGAAGGAAAUGUCCAUCUCUGCCUGUUUACUGGACAAAUACGGGUCCUCCAGUCAAAGCUUUAAUGAGAGCCUCUUCACUUCACUCAGAACCCUGGAAGACGUGGACCAGUCUGGAGGCUACGAGUUUGAUUUUUCCCCCGAGACGGACUUCGUCUCUCUGAGUGAGGCCCAAGAAAGUGUGCCACAACUGGAAAGGGUGCUGCAAGAGGUCAUUUCCCUCAAAUUGAACCUCCAGGAAGAAGAGAAUGACAGCACUGCACAGGCAGACUGGCUGGCACUUUGCAACAAGGUGGACAAAGUCCUGUUCCGCACUUACCUGCUCAUCCUCCUGGUCUACUGCAGUACACUGUUGCUUCUCUGGGCUAGCUGGAGUUCUGUCUGA